CGGCAUUUGAAUCUGUCGGGUGAGUAAGGCCAACAACUCCUGUAACCUCAACCCUCAAGCACAAGAAAGGCAGAGCACAGCCUUGCUUGCUCAGCCAGUCUACCUCAUCGUUGACCGAGUGGGGAGUUUUACGUGCCAAGCAUCUACAGCUCCGGCGGUGAAACAUGAAACAUAGGGAGAGAAUGGGAACCGAUAAAUAUCACAGAGUUUGUCUGAGAUGGAUGCCAUCAUGUCUUGGGUUACCGGACUGUUCACACCGAGACAAACAUUGUAGAUCCUGUCGGCUUCAAGAAUUCAUCGCUAUAUCCAUCGAAAAAUCACAUCACUUCACAACUUCAUAUCUUGUCUCGUUUGCAAGCUCCCCAUCUACCUUGCAAUGUCCUCUCUCACAUAUGUUGUCGACGAGCUCGCCGCUGAGGUCCCUCACGAUACCUGGGUCAAGAUCCCAUCAUCAACGACCAAGAUUGAAGAGAUCACAUGGCAAAACUUUACUUUCCAGCAGCUCGGCCAAGCGGUGGACAGGCUAGCUCACUGGAUUGACAAACACUUGGGCCCGGCUGACUUGGGCCGGGACGAGUCCCUUGCCUACACUGGCAUCAACGACAUUCGAUACCCCAUAGUCAUCCUGGCGGCGUUGAAGACCGGGCACAAGAGCCUUCUAUUAUCGCCCAGAAACUCCGUUGAGGGCCACUGCGCUCUCUUAACCCCCACCCGCUGCACCAAACUUCUUCACAGCCAAGAGCUCUCCGACCAAGCUUCUGAAAUCGGUCAAAAGCUCGGCCAUCUCAGCGUCCUCCGCAUCCCAGACCUGGAACACCUUCUCGAGACCACCACCAACCCCACCCCGUACCAGAGCAAAUGCAAUGAUACGACCCCCGACCACGAGACAGUCAUGAUCCUCCACUCAAGCGGCACCACCGGCCUCCCCAAGCCCAUCCCCCUCAAAGCCGGCGUCCUCACCACCGCCGGCAGACUACUCGCCACCCUCCCCACCCCCGCCGGCCGUCUAAACACCCACGACCCGCUCUACACCACCCCCCUCAUCCUCUCCAUGCCCCCCUUCUUCCACGCCUUUGGCAUAAACCUCCUCGUUCGAUCCCUCCACUACCGCCGCCCUCUCGUCCUCCUCCCACCCAGCACCCCCCCAACAGCAGAGCUGAUGCUCCACGCAGUGAAAACCACCCGCCCGACAGGCAUGGUCUGCACCCCUUCUAUUCUGGAAGAUAUCUGCAGUUUGCCUCACGGGAUUGAGACCCUGAGGGCGUCAGAUAUCGAGUGUAUCUACUCCGGCGGCGCACCACUAGCCAGGUCAUGCGGCGAUGUCAUUGGGGAGGAACUCUCCCCUCGUAUCACGCUGGUGAACGGGAUCGGCACGACCGAGAUUUGGAACGCGACCGGGUAUGCACCGCUGGACCCGAGGGAUUGGGAGUAUUUCGAGUGGAAUCCUGCCGCGGGGGUUGUCAUGGAGGGGGUUGGUGAAGACAAAAAUACUGCCGAGUUGGUGAUUAAGCGGUUGGGAGGAGAGGAGGGGAGGUUCCAGUUUGUGUUUUAUAACUUUCCCGAGUCGGAAGAGUGGCGGACGAAGGACUUGUUUGAGCGCCAUCCGCUGAAAGAAAAUUUGUGGAGGUAUGUGGGACGGGUGGAUGAUGUUAUUGUGCUGAGUAAUGGGGAGAAGCUGAAUCCGGUGACGUUUGAGAAAAUGGUGGAGGGGCAUUCGAUCGUGAAAGGGGCGGUGAUGGUGGGGAGUGGGCGGUUCCAGACGGGACUGAUCGUGGAGGUGCAUGAUGCGAGUUUGGGGGUGGAGGAGGUGGUUGAGAGGAUUUGGGAGAGUGUUGAGGAGGCGAAUGAGCAGUACCCGGCUCAUGCGAGGGUGUGGAAGUCGAUGGUGAGGGUCGCGCGACAAGACAAGCCGUUUGAGAGGACGCCGAAGGGGACGGUGAUGAGGAGGAAUACGUAUUUGGCUUAUCAGGCCGAGAUUGAAGAGAUGUAUGCCAGUGCGAUGGUUAUCAAUGGGAUUGCAGCUGAGGGUGUGUUGGACGAGACCAUGAUCUUGGCUCAAAUUCGGGAUGCGGUCAACAGCGUGAUCAAGCGACGCGGAGACGUUACAGACGACACUAACCUGUUCGUCCUUGGCUUCGACUCCCUUCAAGUCCUUCAGCUCAUCCUCACCCUCAAAGGCACCGUCCAAUCCAGCCUGCAAGGCAAAGUCUCGCUCCGUCUGGUCUACGAAAACCCCAGCAUCAGCCAACUUCACCGCGCUCUCUGCUCUGCCCCAGCCACCGCCACCACCAACACGUCAAGAGCAGACAAAUUCGACGCGCUCAUCAAAGAAUACACCUCCUCCCUCCGCCUCCCCCGUCCUUCCCACACCGAAUCCAAAGGCUUCAAAGUCAUCCUCACCGGCACAACCGGCACCCUCGGCUCCUCCCUCCUCUCCUCCCUCCUGGCCAACCCAACCAUAACCCACAUCUACUGCCUCAACCGCUCCAAACCCAUCUCCCCCAACACCUCCCGAGUUACAUAUCUCCAAACCGACCUCCUCCACCCUACCCUCGGCCUCUCAUCCGAAACCUACAACACCCUCAAACACCCCCAACUGCUAAUCCACUCCGCCUGGCCCGUUAACUUCAACCUCCCCUUCGACUCCUUCCUCCCUUCCAUCUCCGGCACAGCCAAUCUCAUGGCCCUCAACCCAGCAAAAUUCGUCUUCAUCUCCUCCAUCGCCACCGCCAUGGCGGGGACCUCACCUGUCCCGGAAAACUUCACCCAAGACCACAACCUCCCCUUGUCAACAGGGUACGCCGAGUCCAAACACCUCGCCUCCUGUGUCCUGGCCAACUCCCCCAUCCCGAGCACAAUUCUGAGGGUAGGGCAGCUUGCUGGGAGGGCAGAUGGUGUAGGGAGACAGUGGAAUAAACACGAGUGGGUUCCUAGCUUGGUGCAGACAUCCCUCAACAUGGGGAUGAUCCCGUCCACCUUGGGGGGGAACCAAAAAGCAGUGGAUUGGAUACCCGUUGAUCUUGCCGCUGAGGCGAUUGUGGAGCUGGGGUUGGGGGGCAGUGGGAAGGGGAGGGAGUGUUACAAUGUUGUCAACCCCUCCUGUGCUGAUUGGGAGGGGACGAUGGUUGGCGCCGUGCAGGAGUAUGCAGGCAAGACUGAGAGGGGGGAGCUAAAGGUGGUGGGGGUAGCAGAGUGGCUGGAUGCUUUGGGGGAAAAGAACGACGCAGAACGGUACCCGGCCUUGAAGCUGAAGGAGUUCUUUGAGGGGUGGAGAGACGAGAGACAGGGUCCGGUCAUCUUUCAGACAGACAAGGCGAAAAAGACAAGCCAGACGAUGGGGAAGAUGGCGGCUGUGACCGGGGAGAUGAUGAGUCGGUGGCUGGAUGCUUGGGCUUUUUGA